AUGCCGGCGGCGCUGCCCGCGUCGGCGCGCAGCGCGCGCCUGGGCAGGGCGGCGCGAGGCGCGCGCUUGGGCGGGACGUUGCCGGCGGCCGCCAGGAGGCGCCUGGCCGUGGCCGCCCUCGUCCCGGCGGUCGCGCUCCUCGCGGCCGCGCCAGCGCCUGGCCGACUGGGCUGCGGCGAGGCUGGCGCCGGCGCCGCGAGCCCGCCGUGCGCUUUCGCGCGGUGGCACCCGUUCCCGACGGGCAAGUAUAAGCUCGUUGAUUACUACAAGAGGAAUGUGGGGACGUUCUCGGAAGAGGGACUGGAAAAAAUGGUCGUGUUGUUGAGGGAGGCCUUCGCGGCUGACAUACUGGAGGUGGGGCCGGCGAAGGAAGUGGUGGCAGGCUCUGGAGUCGUUCAGAGAGCUCCAGGAGUUGGGCAUCCCGCCCGACGAGGAUUGUUGGGCCGCGGCCAUCGGUUCCUGUACCGAGACGGUGGCCAAGAAGCAGUGGCAACGGGGCCUGCAACUACUAGCUGA